UCGAACAGUGUAUCUCAUCCCUAGUUUCAAUGGUAAGAUUAAGAUAAUUAUAUUAAUGAAGUGAUCACGCGUAACGAUCUGAGAACCACAUGGGAACUACAAAGAGACAGCUCUUACAACUGACCUCGAGAUGGUACGGUGCGUAUAAAAUAAAGGUGAGCGUAGAGACGGCUGUAGAUGGGGGAAAUGAGGACACAGACGUUUAUCUUACCCUGAUGGAUCCCGACAACCAGACGAUUUCUGAGGAGAAAAGACUGGGCAAAUUUGAAGAGGGUGUGGUAAGGGAGUUUGAAUUUAUCACAAAUAGCUUGGAUUUGGAGUGCUUGAUAUUUUCUUUGAAAGAGGGUACAGAUGGCUGGAUAAUGGAGAAGUCUACAGUGGUAUUAGAAAGUGGAGUUACGUACACUUAUACAAAUCUGAGGAAAGAAAAACUUGAAAACACAUUUUGGUUUCAUGAAAAUUCGGUGAAAUUCUGUACAAGGAACAUAGCGGCCUUCGAACUGAUCGAUAAAUAUGCAAGAACCGUAGAGGACCAACAUGAGGGGUUGUUACUAUUCGAUGGCGGAACAGUCUGUGAUGACGAAUUUGGCGACUUCUCCGCUGAAUCGAUCUGCAUAGCAAUGGGGCGCCCACAUAGCAACGUUACAUGGACAUCUUAUAAACAUAUAUAUAUAUAUUUGUACGGUGCUGUUCAGAGUAGGAAAACUAUUAAUCUGGACCGUGUCAGGUGCCAGACUAGUGAAUGGUAUCAGUGUUCCUUCACGACAGUUCACGAAUGCAAGCAUUACGAGGAUAUAUUUCUGACUUGUGGAGACAGUACUACUACUGUAGUCAGUACUACUGUAGACAGUACUACUACUGCAGCAAAGUUGACGGCAAAAUCACCAGAUUGGCCAUUAGUUCUGAUCAUAUGCAUAGCAUCUGUUACGCCGGUGUCUGGUAUUAUUUUAUUGAUAAUCCGUUGUGUGCAAUGGAGGAAGAGAGCUACUGAAGAACAAUCUAGACCACAUCUGCAAACACCUUUCACACCAGAUGUGGAGAGGCCAUCUUCAUCAGCCCCGUCAGCCCCCUCAGCACCACCGGCCUACGACCAUGAAAUGACACCGACAGCAGGUGGAGAGGCCUCGCCCAGUUAUGAUGAAGUCGUAGCCAGCCCCAAUCGAUUCAAAUCAGUUACCGUUACACGAAUUCUAAACACGUAAUUUGAAAUUCCACAACGGCAUCGUAAAUUUAUUUACAAAUCAUUUGCUAGACGACUUUACAUUUCAGCUUGAGUCUUCUUUUCUAUGUACGGUACGAUCAGGGGUUGACUUUUUGGUCGUUUGACCUGGGGGGAUGUGGACGAGUUAGCACUUUUAGUGGCUGGAUUUUCAAUUGCGUGCUUAACUCGCGAGUGAUACCACAAACUAGUGUAAGACCUCUUGGCAGUUGUACCUUGGAAAGACUUCUUACAAUGUAUGCAGGUAACGUUGUCUCCCUCUUUUUUGAAAUGUUUUCAGAUCUCGUUGGUUGCCAUAUCAAAUUCAAAUAAAACAGUUUUUACACUCAUAGGACACGACAGGGAACAACCAAGCACGUUAAUCAAUUAACAAUUUGAGCAAAUGAGCGAUCAAAUACAAACGCGGGGCGCGGAUCGUGUGUUGUUUUCAAACUAAUUAUGACGUCAUCAGUCAUAUAGUGUAUAAGAUGACUUUAAUCGUGAUUUUACGGAAUUUCGAACCUUUUGGAAAUAAUUUUUGAAGAAAAAAAAUGUUGAUAUUAUCGGUUGAUCGGUUAGAAAUUAUCGCCGAUAACCGAUAAUGACUUUUUCACAAAUUAUCGCCGAUAAUUUUAUCGCCGAUAAUAUCGGUUGCAAACCCUAGACUGAAGCAUGUUAAUUUUUAUUGUUUCUUAUCAUCGCAGAUUUAUGACUUUGCGUUACUAAGAUGAUUUAUGUAAGAUUCUUUAUAAACGAGUUGAACAAUUUUUAGAUAUUAUCGGUAAAUUGUGAUUGUUUACAAUUACUAGUUACCUUGCAGUUUUUGAAAAAUUAAGUUGUUCAACACUAAUUUGAAACCAGAUUUUUAUUUAAAAACAGACUUAUUUUUUAAAGCAGAUUUUAUCUGAAUAGAAUGUUAUAUAUCAAGCAGAAUCUGAAUUCUGACAUUGCAAAUGGCAUGUUAUGGUGC